CGUGAAGUCAUCAGCAUUCAUGCAGGCCAGGGUGGAGUGCAGAUGGGAAAUGCCUGUUGGGAACUCUAUUGCUUGGAACACGGAAUCCAGCCUGAUGGUCAAAUGCCCAGUGACAAGACAAUUGGCGGUGGCGACGAUUCCUUCCAGACCUUCUUCAAUGAAACAGGAGCUGGCAAACUCGUUCCCCGGGCAGUACUCGUAGAUUUGGAACCGACAGUUGUUGAUGAAGUUCGGACCGGUACCUACAGACAGCUGUUUCACCCAGAACAACUCAUCAGUGGAAAGGAAGACGCCGCAAACAACUACGCACGCGGCCACUAUACCAUCGGCAAGGAAAUGAUCGAUCUAGUUUUGGAUCGCAUUCGAAAACUGGCCGAUCAGUGUACCGGCAUGCAGGGUUUCAUCAUUUUUCACUCCUUUGGCGGGGGCACCGGGUCAGGUUUCGCGUCACUGCUCAUGGAACGUCUCAGCGUAGACUAUGCCAAGAAGUCCAAACUGGAUUGCCAAAAACCACUUUCAUGCUAUCGCUUUUGUAAGCAAAAUUAUUCAAUGCUUUCUUUAAAUAUUCCUGACAGGCGGAAUUUAGACGUCGAGCGACCCACAUACACAAAUCUCAACCGUCUGAUCGCCCAGGUUGUCAGUUCAAUUACCGCUUCUCUGAGGUUCGAUGGUGCCCUCAAUGUUGACCUCACCGAAUUUCAAACGAAUCUCGUACCCUAUCCUCGAAUCCACUUCCCAUUAGCCACCUACGCACCGGUGGUCUCCGCUGAGAAGGCCUAUCACGAGCAACUGGCUGUUGCCGAACUCACCAACGCCUGCUUCGAGCCAGCCAAUCAACUAGUGAAGUGUGACCCCCGGCACGGCAAAUACAUGGCCUGCUGCCUACUAUAUCGGGGUGACGUGUCACCCAACGAGGUGAACGCGUCGAUCGCUUCGAUAAAGUCCAAGCGGACCAUCCAGUUCGUUGACUGGUGUCCAACCGGCUUCAAGGUCGGCAUUAAUUAUCAACCGCCCACCGUGGUGCCCGGUGGCGACUUAGCCAAAGUCCAGCGUGCCCUUUGUAUGAUGAGUAAUACAACCGUGAUUGCAGAAGCGUGGGCCCGUCUGGACCACAAAUUUGACCUGAUGUACGCAAAGCGCUGCUUUGUACACUGGUAUGUGGGCGAAGGCAUGGAAGAGGGUGAAUUCUCCGAGUCCCGUGAGGACACAGCUGCUCUGGAGAAGGACUACGAGGAGGUCGGCGCCGACACGGUGGAAGGUGAGGGAGAAGAGGAAGGAGAGGAAUACUGA